UUAAAACCAAACGUUUCAGAUCCCUUUAAUCAAUGCUCCACCCAAUCUUUUUCUUUCACCAACAGCAGAGCAGAGCAAGAGAGACUUUCAAGAUUAUCCUCGAAGCUCUACAAUCCUCCAAGAUGGCCAAUUACUAUGAGCAUUACCAGAUCCCAUACGAUUCCAAUCAGGUUAACAAUCUCUAUGAUCAUAACUAUUAUGAUAGCAAUCAACAUCAGCAGUUUGGUUCCUAUCCCAUGAGUUAUAAUAGUGGUUAUGAUCCAAUGAGUUAUAAUAGUUAUGAUCCAAUGAGUUACAAUAGUGGUUAUGAUAACUGGAAUGGAUCAUCUGAGUAUGAGACAGCCUCUGCUGCAUCUGUUGCUUACUCUGUUUCCACCAUGUCUGAGCCAAAACAUUUGUUCUAUGAUCCGAAUGUCUACACGACCUACGAGUCUCCUCCUCAGUUUAAUAUCCAUCGCAAUGUUCAAGGCGGCUUCAACGAGCCGGAAUUCGAGGAGUACGAUCCGACGCCGUACGGUGGUGGCUACGAUAUCGUUGCAACUUACGGGAAACCUCUUCCUCCGUCGGUGAAAAUAUGUUACCCUUCUUCUUCUUCAACAGUUGCUCAGGGAAACCCUCCUUCUCCUCCAGAGGUUAUAGCUCCAGUACCUUUAGGAGUUUAUGAUGGUGGUGAAAAGAAAGUUGUUAAGAAACGUGUAACCUUUUCUGAACCGUUAGAGGAAGCUAGGUCACUGGAAGCCACUAAAGAAGAUGAUCAUCAAGAAGAAAAAGAAGAUGAUGAAGAAUGGGAAGAAGAAGAAGAUGAGGAUGAAGAGGAAGAAAAUGAGAGUUCAAGCUAUGGAACUUCUUCUACUACUAAACCUGAAUGUGUGGAAACAGGAGAAGUGAAAGCUGUGUAUGUUCCGUCUGGUUACGGGUUAGAAGCCACGGAUAUGUGCGAGGUGAUAUUCGGAGGCUACUUUCCUUGCGUCUUGCGUAACAAAAGACGCCAGGAGGAGGAUCAAAACCGUGCGGCUGAAGUUUCAUGCUGGGAUAGCAACGAUUCUGAUCCGUGGAAGACGACUUCUGACUACCUUUUCGGGGAUUUGUAUCCGUAUGGUUAUGAGAAUAGGCUCGAAAGAAGUCAGUUCGAGAUAUCUUCUUAUGGUUACCAGAGGUAUUAUUAACCGGGUGCUAUAGCUUCAGAAGAAGAGCACCAUUUUUUUAAUAUUAAUAAUCAAAUAAUGAAGCUGAUGUGUUUAGCAUGUAAGUAUGUAACGUAUAUGCUUACAUGCUCUUUCUUUUCAUGGUUGGUUGGUCCAACGUUCUUAUAAUGAUAAUUAAUAAAAUGUUAUAACAAA